AAACACUAUUCCAAAUGGGCAUCUGCAAGAGCUUGCCAGAAUCUACUGAAGAUCUACUCACCAUGGAUUCGAGUGGACACAAACAAACCGAAAUACUCAUCAAAGAAGACCCCUCCCCCAUUUAUGAUGAGAAUAAAAUCAUUGUCAUAUAAGCACUCUACAGAGGUCAUAAAGUUCGUAAAUCCCUUAUGACCACUUUGCACUCUCCAGAGACCUCAGCACCUACCCAAGUGGAACAAUCCAAAUUCUGUUUCGACACCAAUUAGCUCCCUGAUUCUGAUUCAACUUCAAUAUUAAUGAAGAACGGAGCCAUCUACAAAGGAGAAUGGAAAGAUGGCAAAGCAAAUGGAAAAGGUAAAUAUUCAUUCCAAGAUAGGUAGUAUCUUAUAUAUUUAUUAUUCUUAGCUAUGUCGAAGGAACUGUAAUAUUAUAAUAAUAUUUCUUAGUGGGCUUCCAAUGAGCUCCAAGGAGAAGCCAUCUAUGUCAAUGGCACAGAGACUUACAAGGGAUAAUGGCUUGACAGUAUGUUCCAUGGAAUUGGCGAGUAUGUCUAUUCAGAUGGUCGCAUUUACUAAGGUAUCAUGUGUCACUAUUUACUAGGAGAAUGGAAAAAGGGAUUACAACAUGGCAUGGGCAAAGAGAUAUACAAUGACAGAUCCAUUUAUGAAGGGAAAUUCAAAGAGGGAAUGAAAAAUGGACUUGGAAUCAUCAGAUUAGCCGAUGGUUGUGUUUAUGAGGGAGAAUUUGAAAAUGAUCAAUUUCAUGGUUAUGGAUCAUUUGUAAAUCUUAUUCCUAAAUCUAGAUAUGGCCAGAUAGGAAGAUGGUUUUUGAAGGCUAUUGGAAAAAUGGAACCAAACAUGGAAAUGGUACGAUGAAAUGGGGUGAUGGUAUGCGAUAAAUUUUGAUUUAACUUAUUUUUAAGGACGAAUCUAUACUGGUCAAUAUUUGGAAGGACUUAAACAUGGAUAUGGAGAAAUGCUAUAUAGUGACGGUCGUUGUUACAAAGGACAAUGGAAGCAAGGAUUGUAAGAUGGAAUUGGGAUAUUUGUUUCUAAGGAAGGGAAUGAAAGGAAAGGAGUUUGGAUGAAAGGAAAACUAAAG